GUUGCCGUGGUUGCAGGCCCGGCCCGCCUGCUCGCUCGCUGACAGCCAGACUUAGGGCGGAGGGAACUGGGUCCGUUGGUCGGUCGGGAACGAGGCUUCAGCGGCCAGGCCCGUGCGGAGCCGUUACCAUGGCAGCCGCCGCCGGGGGCGCGGACGACGGUCCGCGCUCGGGCCGCUCGAGCUCGGAUGGCGAGUGCGCGGUGGCGCCGGAGCCGCUGACGGAAGCCGAGGGCCUCUUCUCCUUCGCCGACUUCGGGUCUGCACUGGGCGGCGGCGCGGGCCUCCCAGGCCUCCCGGGCCGGGCGUCCGACGGGGCCCAGUCCCCGCUGCGCUACCUCCACGUCCUGUGGCAGCAGGACGCGGAGCCGCGCGAUGAGCUGCGCUGUAAGAUCCCCGCCGGCCGGCUCAGGCGCGCCGCCAGGCCCCACCGCCGGCUCGGGCCCACCGGCAAGGAGGUGCACGCUUUGAAGAGACUGAGGGACUCUGCCAAUGCCAACGAUGUGGAAACAGUGCAGCAGCUGCUGGAAGAUGGCACGGAUCCCUGUGCAGCUGACGACAAGGGCCGCACGGCUCUCCACUUUGCCUCCUGUAAUGGCAAUGACCAGAUUGUGCAGCUGCUCCUGGACCACGGGGCCGACCCCAACCAGCGAGACGGGCUGGGAAACACGCCGCUGCACCUGGCGGCCUGUACCAACCAUGUCCCUGUCAUCACCACACUGCUACGAGGAGGAGCCCGUGUGGAUGCCCUGGACCGGGCUGGCCGCACGCCCCUGCACCUGGCCAAGUCGAAGCUGAACAUCCUGCAGGAGGGCCAUUCCCAGUGCCUGGAGGCCGUGCGGCUGGAGGUGAAGCAGAUCAUCCACAUGCUGAGGGAGUACCUGGAACGCCUGGGGCGGCACGAACAGCGGGAGCGGCUGGACGACCUCUGCACCCGCCUCCAGAUGACGAGCACCAAAGAGCAGGUGGAUGAAGUGACCGACCUCCUGGCCAGCUUCACCUCCCUCAGUUUGCAGAUGCAGAACAUGGAGAGGAGGUAGCGAGGGAGGCCCCCGCUUCCUGCUCUGCCACUGUCCCCCGCCCCUCUGAUUUCUCAUUACAAAGAAAAGCCCGGUUUCUGGGACUUUGAGCUACACUUCUCUGGUGAGGACCUUGACCUCGCCCUCAGGGGCCAGGGGCAGAGAUGUUCUCCCCACAACCUCAGAACUGCUCCCAACCACAGUCUCUGUCCCAUCUCUGCGGGCCAGGACCACAGUCCCUAGCUGCUGCUCCAGCUCCCACGGCACCGGCCAGCUCUGCAGCCACACGCACACGCUGGCCCUUCAUGCUGUCCUGGUGGGCCUCACGCAUCCCAGGGCCUCCCGGGUCCCUGUCCGCCCCGAGGCCGAGCCUUCUCUAUGCACCUUCCCAGCCUCGGGCUUGUUGCUGUCAGCUGACUUGGGGCAGGCACCCUCAGGCACCCCCGGCCAGCAGGCUCCAUGGGGGCCCUUGUCUGUCCCUGUACCUUUUUCUGGUGCUUAGUUUAGGCUCAUCCUGACUUACAAGGAGACAGUGCAGGGAGUUUUCUGGUUGGAACAGAGGGUUGGUGACAUCCAACAAGGUUAGGAAGGACCCUGCUGAACCCAGAGCAAAAAAUCUCCACUCCUUGCCCUCUCGGUCACUGAAACACCAGGAAGGUAAGACGGCUCUGCAGCCUGGUUGUCCUAAGCUGAUGGUAGCCCAAGGGGCCCAGGCCUCAGGUCAGGAGCCUGCGGACAGGUUUCGUGGGUGCAAUGGAAUCCAGGGUCUUUACCGAAAGCAGUGAUCCCAGACCACCCAGGUGGGCCGGGUACCAUCACAGAGAUCCUUAUAAGAGGGAAGCAGAAGGUGAGAGCAAGUGGGUGUGCUGACGGAAGCAGGACGUUGAAGAGGGAAGGAGUCGAGAAGGAGUCACAAGCCAAGGAAUGCAGGCCACCUCCAGAAGCCAUGGACUCUUCCCCCAGACUUCCAGAAGGAUGGCGCUGCUGACACCUGGACUUUAAUUCAGUGAGACUGACUUUAGAUUCCAGCCUCCAGAACUAUAAAAGAAUAAAUUUGCAUUCUUUGCUCA